AUGCGAGGAUUGAAAUGGAAUGACAUGGGAGUCAAAGUUGACGGCCGGCAUUUACAACAACUUCGUUUCGCUGAUGACAUCUUUCUAAUAAAAUUAAGCAUCAAUCAGGCGGAACGGAUGCUGGCCGAAUUUGAUGAAACGUGUAAAAAAAUCGCUCUUCAGCUGAAUCUGCGAAAGACGAUGCUCAUGCACAACAAAUGGGUGUCGGAUGUCCCAUUUACUCUCAACGGAACGAAAUUAUCCGAAUGCACCAGCUACUUUCAUCUGUGUCGGGAAUUGAACAUGAUGAACAACCUAAUCCCCGAGCUGGGCAGGAGGAGACGAGCGGCUUGGGGAGCGUACAAGAGCAUCGAGAAUGCAGUAAAGAAGACCACGAACACCUGGCUCCGUGCUCGCCUCUUCAACACCACCGUACUUCCUGCUUUGACCUAUGCUUCGGAGACCUGGGCAUUUCUCAAGCAGGAGGAAAAUGCGAUCAGCGUCAUAGAACGCGGAGUUGAAACGAUGAUGCUAGGAGUAACCCGCUUUACGCCCGCGAAGGAAGGGAUUCGAAGUUCAUUCCUACGUCACCGAUCGAAGAUCAGAGAUGGUGCCGCAUAUGCCAAGGAAAGCAAAACUAUUUGGGCCGGACACGUGAUGCGUUUCAACGACAACCGUUGGACCAGAGCCGUGGGCGACGGAUACCACGCGACAUCAAACGUAUCGCAGGAAGACCGCCGAAGCUCUUCACGAAGUUCUUCAAAGAAAAGUACGACGCUCUUCGAGUUCUUCGCGAGAAGAGAUGCCACUGAGCAACAGUUAAGCGCGAUCGGGAGAAUGGAAUUAUUAUUGGUGCCCGCUCGGGCAAUUCGAUGA